CUGUGUUGGACGAAGCCAUGACGCGUGCCAGACGCCGAUCUCUGGGCAGGGCUCUCCUUUCUACCUUGCUGCUCCACCUUCUCAUCUCUCAUUCCAUCGGCGCCUCGCUCCCAUCUCGGCGGCCGCAGACACUCACCUACGUGCGCGUCAGCCGCUCCCCUCUAUAUGCGUCGCAGAGGCGGCCACCACCGACUGAUGGGAUGGCAGAUGGGCAAAGGACGGUUCCCGAGGGAGGCAGAUCUGGGCUUGUUAUGAAGGCGCCUGUGGAGAAUAAGGAUGUGCUCAGAGAGGGGCUGGCUGUGGGAGGCGGCAUUUUAAUGGGCAUGAUGGCUGCAAGUGGACCUGCUGCUGCAGCCGGACUGACACAGGUGCGCAUGAUUGCAUGCAGGCCGCACCGACACAUGCGCUGUUCUGUUGGUCCAGAUGCCUUUGUCGCAGACCGACCAGUUUCCUCUGGACUUCAGCGAGCCCUUCAUCCUCGCGGGCACGACCAUCGUCGGCUCGGCACUCAUCUUCGCCGCUGCCGUGGCCGUCAGAUACGCGCAGAUACAGAACGAGCGAGCGACGCUUCAAGAGCAGCAGCAGCAGCAGCAGCAACAGCAGCCCAUCAAGGUGGCUGAGGAAACGGCGGCAUCCACCACCCCGCCGCCCCCAGCAGCGGGUGGAGCCGAGGUCAUUGCACCACCGCCGCAGGAGGCUGCUAAUGAGAGCGUCGAGGUGCCCCCUGCACUCAUGAAGGCUGCACAACAAGAAGAGUCAGCCCCAUGGGUCGAGCCCGAGACCCCCCCUCCCCCGCCCCUGAAAAAGCUCGAGGCCAAGAAAGAGCCGUCUGCGCCAGUCACAUCAGCCCCCGAGUCACCCCGUACAGCAGCUCAGACACCACCCACAGCUGUGCAGCCUCCCGAGCCCAUUGCUGAGCCACCCGCAGCGCCACCAGCGGGCGCCAAAGUCGCUGUUGCGGGUGAGGGCGCCUAUGUGAUGGAUGCGGAUCGCGCCAAGUGGGAGCGUUGGUCGAGGCUGAGCGAGGAGGAGGUGCAGGCGGAGAUGGAGAGGGAAAUGCAGGAGGAAGAGGAGGCCGAGCAGAGGCGGAGAGAGGACCUCGCCAAAGUGGAGGCACAAGUGGUGAGCGAAACAUACACAGACAGUGAGUGGGUGGGCCGGUUGGACGGGGGCAUACAUUUGUGGCAUCUGUUGCUGUCUGUUGUGUGUCGAUCAGAAACCUUACAAGAUCGACAUGAUGAACCGGGGCCGGGCAGAGAUUCAACAGAGGUCGGACACAGCCACAUUCCUACGCACACGCAAGGCAAAUGUAACGCUUUCGUAUCCCCUUUCUUGGGAGCGAUGGCAGAGCACGUGACGAGGUCGUUUCCCAUGCCAAGAAGGUCGAGAGCUGAAUGGCACAAAUGCACCAAUCAAUCGCUGCUCACGUUUCUUGUUUCCAUCGCACUCAGGUGGUCAGGGAUCACUUUGACGCCAGGAUGGAUGAACACUUGAGGCGAAAAGAAGAAGAAGGGCAGGAGGAGGCCCCGCCGCCAGUGCUGGCCUUCAUCCCACCUAAGCCGACCUUCUCAAGGAUGGACGUGCCAGUCAGCGAAACGGUGAGCCCUCACAACUGGAAAGUGCCCGCCCCCAUCCGUCACUCGCGGUAUCAUUUGCUGCUCGCCUUGCCUUCAGGUGGAGACAGAGGCGAGGAGCAGCUUCCCCCUCGUCCGCACCAAGAGCGAAGAGCCACAAGACACGCAAGAGGCGCACGGUGCCGCUGCUGCCGCACUGGACAGCCACACGACCGACACCACUCUGGCCAUCGGCCCCACCCACGUCGACACCCCCCCUCCCCCUGGCCGUGCAUUCGCCGAGCCGUCAUCCUUCCCCUCGUCUGGUCAGCAGCAGCCCGGCAGCUGGCUGGAUCUGCCCGGCCCACCUGACGGCAUGAAGGUCAUGCGCACCACCGACGCGGGCGAUCUGCUGCCGGCCUCUGAGCUGCCCAUUCCUGAGGAGAUGCAGCAGCGUGGGCAAGGAGAGGGGCAGGGUGAGGCAUUCGACGCGAGCAGGAUGGAGGUGGAGGUGGUUCCGCGAGAUGAGGUGGAGCGGCGUAAGGUGGUCGAGCGGCGGCGGCGCAUGGAGUUCGAAAACCCGCCGCCAUUUGCCAUGGACAUGCUGCUGCCGACCCAAGAGACAGAAGUCAGUGAGCCGAUCACUGAUACACACAUCCGCAAAUUACCUGCACAAAGGUCGUGUUGUGGUUGGUUGGCUGUCAGGUGAGUGAGGAGGAGCAGCAGCGGCGAGAUGCCCUUCAGCAACUGAAGGACUCACUUCACACCACCAUAGGCCAGCCAGCAAACAGCGCACAGCCAGAGGGCGGCUCGGCCCACCUGGACCGUGAGGCUCCCACAGUCACACUGCCCCAACAGAAGGAGGCCACGAGGGAGACCGAUCGAGGGAGGGCGGCUGACAAGGGGGAUGGAGAGGAGGGAGGGGCAUCAGCGAGGGGGGUGGGCGGGGAGAUCAAGAUCGUGGGACCACACAGCUCACUACAAGAGGUACGUCCGUUCAGGCUUCACAAUCAAUGGAUGUGGCAACGCUGGCAUGGUCUCUUGUGAAUGUCUGUGUCUGUCUGUCUGUCUGUCUGUGUGUGUGUGCAUGUGUCUGUUGUGUCCGUCAGGGUUAUGUGGGUCGCGUAGCCAAGGAGACGUCAGCCCGGUGGUACUUCGAGACCGGCCAGUUCGUGGCAAAAGACAAGGAGUCAGCACAAUGGGAGUGGCAGGCGUGAAGCAGACACCGACACAUAGGCAGACAGACAGACAGACAUGAUUUAGUCCCAGCUGACACACACAUGGAUAGGACAAUGAGCAGAGGGCGGUGCACAUAUGACGUUCCGUCAUCAUGAUGAUGUGUUUUUUGGCGUAUGCGUCUCGACGGGUAGAGAGAUAGAUAGAUUGACAAUGCGUAGAAGACCACCCAUCCAUCCCUUUUGCGAUGUGCUGGCCGUGUGGCCAGGUGUCCUUUUCUGAGUGACACCACGGCAUGCGUUUGCUGGAUAGACCGACAGACUCUGCUGGUAAGACGCACCCCCUAGGUCAGG